AUGGCAACCUGGCCUGUGCAUGACUUGUACUGGCUGACGUUCUUGACGACCCUUUGGAUCUUCGGGCGAUCUAUAGCUGUGGCUGCGGUCGCAAAGAAGAGGGUGAGGAGGAGAUCGACUGAUGAAUGCUAUGGUACCGUCUGUGGGUAUUCCGAAGACUUGCUCGAUGGCAGGCUAUGGAGGAAAACAGGCAGUACACUGCCAGGAAUGGAAGAACGCUGCCGCACAUGGAAUGCAAGCGUGCCUCUUUCCGCAGGAUGCUGCCCAAGGUCGUUGUCCGUUUGCUGCUCGUACACCUCGACUGAUCAACCCUCACGGCUCGGAGCCACCUGCUGCUUCUGCAAUCUCGCGUCAGUUGGGGAAGGGCCAGUGGAUCCGGAAUUCAAGGUCAUGAUUGAUGGGCCUGCGUGCUGUUGGGAUCUUUGCCUCGAAGCACAGAAACGGGCGCAGAAUGGCCCAGUAAUCACACAUCCGAGUUUGCCGAAGAAGAUCGAGGACUCGACAAUGACGAAGGAGUAUCUUGGUUCCGUGAAAGGCAUAUGGUACUCAGAAUGGAUGAUUCUAUGGCCCAUGGAUCGGCUCGACAAUGACGAAGGAGCAGCUUCGUGGCGUGGACGUCCUCCGGUAUUCAGAGUGAUGGUUCCAUGGCCUAUGGAUCGGACAGGCGGCAACUUCGUUCAUGUGGAGAGCAGCGGCGAUGGAGCUCCAGACGACCAUGCGACAUGCUGCAACUCUGCAAGAGAUUUCUUGAGUGCAGUCAUCGAAGGCGCGUUUCCUGCCAGGACGGUGUUCCCAUCACGAUUCUUCCUUCAACAUGCUGCAGGCUUUCCUGAGUCCUCGAGAUGCGUUCCCAUGAUUCGCUGCUUGGCCACUGCAUGUGAAGCUGCAUCUUGCAGGCUCGUCUCCGCCCCACGCGGCCGAAUGUCGCCGUGGUUCACCAUUCCGCUGUAUUGCACCGCCGGGAGUGUUCUUGAACAGUUCUGUAUCCCUUCUCCCAGCUCGCAACUCAAGGACCACUCGGGACUCGGGAAGAGAUUGUCGGUCAUGUCGCUCCGAUUCGGGGAUCACGAGGGCUGUCGUAUCGCGCAGGAUCAGGAGAAAGCUCGCAGAGGCGCGAUGCUUCGGUGUUUGCAUGCUUCACUGCUGGGGCUCGAGGUUGGGGGUGGCGCAGCAUUCGUGGCCGAUGUGGUACUCCGCGAUGGUCUGGGUCUGACUGCGAAGAAGAUGGUGAUUGGGGGUGCGACCGAUUGUUGCCGCCGCGUGACGGACAUAGCGAGGCUGGAAGGCAAUGAACGACUCAAGUUCGAUGUGCGGACUACUCCUGCACGUGUGGUGACCUUGCUGGGGCGCUCUCUGGCUUGGGACUUCGGCGAUGGUGAUGGUGACCAAGGCACUAUCCUCGCUCAUCACCUGCACCGACUCACACGUUCUGGCUCAGCGUCAUUCACAGUGGCACACUCCUCCCACUACACCUUCGUCACCCGGCAACAGCAACAGCCACCAUGCCCUCCUCUACGUGGGGCAAUGCUCCAGCUGAUUGAUCCCUGGUAUUCUCUCCAAUUCCUGGAAGACCGACGCCAAUCUCCCUUCCAGGUAUGCCUUCGACAUAGCAACAACCACUGUCACCAUAUGCACCUCCACUUGGGCCACAUAGUCAUCAUGGCCACCUCUGCGUUGUGCACCUUCGCCCAUCACGCGCACGUCGCUGGGAUACCCGCGGAUGCCGUCGACAACUCCUGGAAGGCCACAAUCGACACCGGUGCGGGCGGCGAUGCUGGUGGUUGGCAGGCCGAUGCUGCCCUCCAUGCUGGUCUCAGCUGUGACUAUGGUGACUGCGCCCAUUUCGUCUUCUUCGCCACCUUCCCCAAGGACACCCGCGAGAUGGCCCACAACUACACAAGGUACCCCAAGGAUGCCCACCACGCCGAUUUCAUGUUCUCCGCCACUUUCCCCAAGGCCCUUGCGAGACGACGGCGUGGAACUGCAUGGCUCAAGAACAUGUUCGCUUGCGUGCCGGCCAUUCUGACCACGCCCAUCUCACGUUCUCCGCCUCCGCCACCUCCGUAUGGGCACUCGCGACAUGGCGCGCGCAACUACACGAGCCAAGGACGAUUGUCAGAUGAUGGCGCUCAACGACUUGUCCCAACGAUGCCGACCACCCCGAUCUCACGUUCUCUCCCACCUUCCUCAAUGGCGCACGCGAGAUGGCAGGAACCCGCAUGGCCCAAGAGUAUGUUCCCUUGCGUGUCCGCCGUGCUGGUCAGGCCCACAAGAACAUCAAGCAAUCAGGAAAUCCUCUGCGUUGAGUUGGGCGGGAUGUUCUCUGCCACUUUCCUCAAUGGCACUCGAAUAUGUUCGCCCCACAAGAACAUAAGCAAGCAGGAAAUCCUCUACGUUGAGCAGGAUGUUCUCCGCUACUUUCCUCAGUGGCACUCGGUUAUGUUGGCGUGCGUGUCUGCUGUAAUGGUCAGGCUCAUGCCAAUAUCAAGCAGGAUGCCAACCGCCGGGCUGUCUGAGACUACGCUCAUUUUCUGCAGCUCCAAGCCAGCACAUGAAAUCACCGAGUUGAUGUUUGCUUCCAAGCCGGAGCGCGCCCUCAUUUCCUGCAACUCGAAGUCGGCCGGCGAUCGUCCUAAGGAUCACCUUUACGAAAAGCACCCUGUCAGCUCAGCAAACGGGUCGCACAUGCUGGUCGCCCGUGCUGUUCAGGCUUACAACAAUAUCAGUGAAGAAAUCAUCAACAUUGAGCAGGAUACCGAGCGCCCGGCCGUCUGCGACCUGCUCUUUACCUCCAGGCCAGAGCACACCUCACUUUUUGCAACUCCAAGUCAGCCUGCGAUCUCCUUAACGACCACCUUUACAGCAAGCAGAACAACAAGUAGACUGGACACCGUGUCAAGACAUCAGUGGGGCUGGUCACGUUGGCCAGACUCACAAGACCACCCGGCAGGAGAUUGUCUACGUGAGCAAUAUGCCAAGGGCUUGGGACAGCGGCCAAAUGGAGAGGAGACCCUGCUGUCAGUUGUGGCGAUGAUGGAGGAACAGCCUCCUAGUUUUCACAGCAGCGAUGCCCUGCUACCGUUCCAUCAGCAAGUCGUGCAGAUCACCGAGUAUCUGACCUUCUCCCCGCUGAGGCCAUGGUUCGCUGUUGGUCAUUCUGAAGACACGACAUUGUGUUUGACAAUCAGACGGCAUUCCGCUCAACCAAGUGAUCACUAUUCCUGCGUGCACGGGAUGGGCAGCCAGCGUCGGUAUCUGUUGCUGCUGACUCCGAAUCGUGACUACUCGGCGGUCCAGGCCGAUGAAGUACGGCUCACGAGUGUGUCUGUGGACCAUCGCAAUGCAUCACCUCGUCUUGCCGAAGUGAUGUUGGGGCAUAUCAAACAACUCUCGCAGAUCGACCUCGCUGGGAUGCCAACCCCAGCUAAGAAGGCGCGGCUGAUCUGUUCAUCAGCGAUCAACAUGCGCGACUUUGACGUUGAAUCACCAUUGUCACUUUCGCACGGCUCUCGUUACAAAUCCCACGCGAACAUCACCUCGCAAAACCACCACGGCCAAUCGUCGAUCGCUGCUGCGCGACCAGCAUACAUUCCGACUCCAACAGCUGCAUACCAUACGAACUUCGGCGCCGAUCGAUCCUCCACCAUGGAAAAGCCUUCUGCCUUACAAGAACACCCUACAAUCCUGCCACACACGACAGAGACUACCAACGCCAUCUGCUCGUCUCCGUCAGCCUGCGCCGAGCGAAUGUUCCUCGCGCUGUACACACUGGACAUUUUGUCUAUGGCACUCGAUUCAGCGGCAGACCAAUGUCCAAAGCAUGUCUUCAGUGGUCCACUGGAGGAAAAGCUCGAGCGAGGUGUGCAUGAUUUGCAGCUUUGCUUGGCGAACAUGAGGGCUGAGUUGGAGGUCAUGGAGGCUGCGGCACAAACAAGGCACAGGUCAUCAGUCACAAACGGGGUUUCGAGGAGAGCCGUCGACCAAAGAGAUAUUCAGAAGGAAGCGUUGGCUGAGGCGAUGGAUGAAUGCAUGCAUCAAGUGGACGGCCAUGUGACGGACAGCAUUUGCAUAGAAUUGCAACAAUAA